AUGAAGGAUCGCAUACAGGAUGCAAAUUUCCCCAAGACGGAGGACGGUCGAGUGUACCACUUGGGUAUACGAGCAGGAGAAGUAGCCAACAGAAUCAUUACUGUUGGAUCCAUUUCACGAGCAGAGGGUAUCGCAAAGAUGAUGGACGCCUCCCCAAAGUUAUUCUCCCUGUACUCGGAGCGCGGUUUCCUUACCAUCACAGGAUGCUACAAGAGUGUACCAUUAUCCAUAGUAUGCAUAGGUAUGGGCGCGCCUAAUGCAGAUUUUUUCAUCCGCGAAGUCAGAGAAUGCCUGAGUGGAGACAUGCUCGUCAUAAGGCUGGGGUCAUGUGGUUGCUUGACUGACCUUCCCGUAGGGUCGCUCGUUCUGCCAGCAUCGAGCGUCGCUUGUACCCGAAAUGUGGACUUCGAUUUUGCUUCCGGCGAUCCUUGGGAGGUUCCUUACAGGUUGAGCAAGCCCAUCUCAGCAGAUCCAGACCUUCACGAAGCCCUGCGUGAUGCUUUGGAAGUGACACGGCCGCCUUCACUCAAAAACCUUAUAGUUUCGAACGCUGUCAAUGCAUCGACUGACAGCUUCUACUCAUCUCAGGGGAGACAGACGUCCUUUCAAGACCACAAUGCCUCUCUGAUCGAUCACCUCAAAGCUGCUGUACCUAGUCUAACAACGCUCGAGAUGGAGACCUUCUGGAUAUUCCAUCUUGCAGUCAGUUGGGGUGGAGUUAAACAGUCGAGUUUGGCCGUUAACCCGCCAUCAUCCUCGGGAAAGUCCAGGGAGGCGUCAGAGAAGGUAGAAGGACUCCAUUCCGGUCUGGAUGAAGAUAUUCCUUCCAGACCGGUGAUUAGAGCUGCGGCGGCCCAAAUGGUAUUUGCUUCUCGAAGCUCCCAAGCCUUUAUCAGUCCUGAGCAGGUGAACGAGCUCGAGAAAUGGAGUGGCAGAGGCGUGCUCGAAGCGCUUUCCAAAUUCGAUAUCUCCCCUGAAAAACUGCAUCCUCUUUCUGGAAGUGUAUGGGAACGGACGGAACCUUUCAAGGCGUUAAGGGCGUCGUUGUGA